UGUGCCACGUAAUGGUACAGUCCGCUGACGUCCUGCGCGGGAGCGGAAAACGUGCGCCCGACUGUGCGGAAAAGGAAUCGUGUGUUUUCAGUGAGAUCCGGGUGAGACACUGUGUGUUUGCUCAGCAGCAUCAGUUGUGUUAAAUGAAGUCACCAGAUGAAGCUGCAGAAAUGACUCGAGAUUGGAAAUCAGGUGAUCUGAUCUUCGCCAAGAUGAAGGGUUACCCCCACUGGCCCGCGAGAAUCGAUGAAGUCCCAGACGGAGCUGUGAAGCCGGCCAACAUCAAGUUCCCCAUCUUCUUCUUCGGCACCCAUGAAACAGCCUUCCUCGGCCCGAAAGACGUCUUCCCCUACCAGCUCAACAAAGAGAAGUACGCCAAGCCCAACAAGAGGAAAGGCUUCAACGAAGGACUGUGGGAGAUCGAGAACAACCCAAAAGUUGAGCUCACCGCGCCCAAGCCGGUUCCUCCUGGUUCUUUUCUUGAGAAGAACUCAGACAGCGGUCCUGAAGGAGAGGAGGACGCUGACGACAAGGGGGUAAAAUCCAAAGUUCCAGGAAGUGAGGCUGAGCAGGAGAAUGAGAAUGAUGAUGAUGAGGAGGAGGAGGAGGAGAUGGAGAUGGAGAUGGAGGAGGAGGAGGAGGAGAAAGGGUCUCUGAUGUCUGAGCAGGGUCCUCAGGACCAGGAUGGAGCUGCUCCGAAAGAACCCACAGAUGUUCUUAAACCCAAGAGAGGAAGAAAGAAAAAGACUGACCCUGACCAGGAGCCUGAAAAGGACGAUGCUCCUGUCAGCCCUGUUAGUCCUUCAGGUGCAGAGGGUCCCAAACGAAGAGGCAGGAAGCCCAAAAGUGAGAAGAUGCUUCUGCUCCAGCAGCAGAACGACCUGCAGGGCUCAGGAAGUGAAAUGGAAACUGCUGAGGCAGAGAGAAAGAGAAAGAGGGCACCAGAGGACAAGUCCAAGAGCGGAGAGGAGGAGAAGAGAAAGAAGAGGGAGGACAGCAAAGGAAAGGAGGCAGAAGUGAAGGAGCCGGAAGCCAAGAAGAAGAAGCAGUCCAAGGAUGACGGCUCGUCUGGCUCUGACGAUGAAGAGAAAAAUAAAGGCAGAAAGAAACAAAGCUCAGAGACGGACAAAGACGCCCGGCGGCGGAAAGCAGAUGAAAUAAGAGAGCCGAACAAGGAUGAUGGGAAGAAAAAUGAAGAGAAGACGGGAGUAAAGAAAAAAGAGCUGUCGACUGACUUGAAACUCCAGAGACUGCACAGUGAAAUCAAGAUUUCACUGAAAAUUGACAACCCUGAUGUGAAGAAGUGCUUGGAUGCAUUAGAUGAGAUCGGCGCCCUUCAGGUCACAACCCAGCACCUGCAGAAACACAGUGAACUCAUUGCCACGCUCAAAAAGAUCCGCAGGUUCAAGGCCAGUCAGGACAUCAUGGACAAGGCCACCAUGUUGUAUAACAAGUUUAAGAGCAUGUUCCUGGUUGGAGAAGGUGACUGUGUGCUCAGCCAGGUCCUGAACAAGUCCCUAGCUGAACAACGGCAGCACGAAGAUGCCAAGAAAGGAGCAAUGAAGAGAGUUGAACAAGCCAAGGAAAACAACUCAGACAAGAUGACAAAUGGUGAUACGGGCCCCGACGAGAAGAAGCAGGAGACGGAGAAGCUGCUAGAAGACGCCUCAGCGGGAGAAAAUCACAGUGCCCCGGAAGCUCAGGAAGAGUCCACCUGAGUGUGGUCUGCUGCUGCUGCUGCUCCUCUGUCCACACUGAGCUCACCCACUGGGAUCUCCUCCUGUCCACCUCCUCUCGAUGACUAAUGACAAACACUGGUUUCCAGAUUCCUGACUGCUUUCUGUCGGAUUUGCUGCUCUAAGGCUUCAGUGACCCUCCAGCCCUGAUAACGACUGACCACACGGUUUAUUUUUGUACUUUGUGUUUUCUUUACCUUUCUGGCUCCUCGUCUUACAAGCAUCUGUUGAAUCUGGUUAACGGUGUGAAGAGUUAGCACUUGUAGAUCUGUAGCGCUGAGAACUUAGUACUUAAUGGGCACGCUCACAGAGAGCAGGUCAGCACCAGCAGGACCUUCGACCCAAUAGAUGUUCUCUCUUUCACAUUUCAUUAUGUUUUUUGACAUUUACACAAUCAAUAGUUUAAUCUCAUCUUCAGCUUAAGUUAUAUUGAAGUACGGAGGCCACAGACACCGUCGCCACGUCCGCAUAAUCGUUUCAUAGAAGCAUCACUUCAGAUACGCACGCUGAAGAUCCUCGAGUUUGCCAAAGUUUCUUUUGCCAAGAAAAUGCUUUAUUCUCAAACAUGUCCAAGUGUCUGUUUUAAAGUUGUUGUUUUUGUUUCCUUUUAACAAAGUGUAGAUGUAAAUAAGAGUAUUUUUGUGCCUGUCUGACGACCUGUUUCAGCCUCCAUUAAUAAAGUAGAACAUAUACUAACA